UAAUUUUCAUCCACCAUCUUUUUAUUCACACUUGUGUGAAAUGAUAACAUGUGAAAUGCUUCAACGGGCCGCCGUACAUAGAAAAAAAGCAUCGGUUACUUUUGUCGACGUGUGAGAUAUUUCCGAAGCCUGUCUAUACGCACAAUACACUAACUUCCCUGUCACCAAAUAAAAAGGGGGAAUCUAUUCAGUAUGCCUAUUCAAACGAGGAGUGGGUGCGGGUAUAGGGUGUUUGGUAGACGUUUUACUAGUUAACAAAUUUGCUAAGACGCCCGUCAUUUAUAUGACGGAUUAUAACGACAAAGACUUCAUGAGGACUGCCUGAAUGGCAAACCCGUCAUCCAACCUAAAGGGAGGUAUUCGGUCACCAGCUAUCAGGUGGAGAUGAGGGUAGACUGAACAGCUGCCUAUAUCUAAGAAACCAUUUUUCCUUCUGUGCAAAUCGUACCGGAUUAUCCCUAGUCUAUCAUGUCUUCACUGUACACGACAACUCCAAAGUGAAGAGGAUGGGACAGUACGUGUUGUUGUUGAUGUACUUUAGCCGGUUGUAGGAUUAUCUGAAGGAAAGAAAAUUGGGUAAUUUAUCGGAGGACGCAAUGUUUUUGAAGUGUCUAUGUGUUGUGUUCGCACUGCUUUUGACAUCGAGAGUAAUCUGCGCACAAGGAGCGUCGUCGUCUUCAGGUGAAACAGUUACCUCAAGUGUAACCAGCGUGACCACAAGCGCACAAGUUUCAACAAAUGAAACGUAUUCAACAGGUGAAACAGCUACAACAAAUGAAACAGUUUUUACUACGACGGGAUCCAAAACGCCGUCAUCGACAGAUGUAGCGACAUCGAUGGAAACAACGACAUCGACAACCACCACUUCACCACUACAAACCACAACUGCUCCUGAAUCAGCCGCGACCACAACUGCAAAUACAACGGACACGGAAAGUACAAAGGCCCCUAUCUCAGCAAAUACAUCGGACACAGCAAAUACAACGGCCCUUACCACAGAAAAUACAACGGCCCUUACCACAGCAAAUACAACGGACACAGAAAGUACAAAGGCCCCUAUCUCAGCAAAUACAUCGGACACAGCAAAUAGAACGGCCCUUACCACAGCAAAUACAACGGACACAGAAAGCACAAAGGCCCCUAUCUCAGCAAAUACAUCGGACACAGCAAAUACAACGGCCCCUGUCUCAGCAAAUACAACGGACACAGCAAAUACAACGGCCCCUGUCUCAGCGAAAACAACGGACACAGCAAAUACAACGGACACAGCAAAUACAUCGGACACAGCAAAUACAACGCCUCCUGUCUCAGCAACUACAACGGCCACAACAAAUGGAACGAAACCUGUCACAGCGACUACAACAGCCCCUGUCACAGUAAAACCAUCGCCAUUUACUUCAGCAAAAGCAACUACCCCAACCACAGCAAAAGCAACUGCCCCAACCACAGCGAAAGCAACGAUACUUACAACCACAUCAAGGACCGGACCUACUACUGAAUUUACGACAUCAGAGACCAGAUCGACAACAAACAAGACGGCUGGUGUGGACACGGAUCCCGCUCUCGUCACAGGCGUGGCCGCCGGCUCUGCUGCUGGGUUUGUGCUGAUAUUGAUAGUGAUUUUCGUCAUAAUAUGGCUUGUCACCCGUCGACGACGACGACGGCGGCGACGACGAGAGACAGGCAGUCAGAUGAAUGGCAGAUCACACUUGGCCAAUCCCAAUGUGGAAAGCACAGCAAAUGGAAGUCACCCGUUAUCAUCAACACACAUCAAUAAGCGUCAGACGAUAAACAAAGAAGACGGAAACUUUGGAUUUACUACCAAACCUGUAAUACAAAACAGCGGCCACUUUCAGAAAACAGCAGCUUUGACAUCUUCAGAUGGACACGGUAACGGCAAAACCCCGAGAAAAAGGAGGAAUUCAGAUGUGAGUGUGGGUGCGUUUUUCUUCAGCGGAAUUACUGCCUCUGAGAUAAAGCCGGACAAAGAUAGUGGACAUGAAGAAAACACUCUGUCCGUUGCCCAUCCAAACGUGGCUUAUGUUCAGGGGGGUGAAUCUGGCACAAAGCCGACUGCAAACAGUAAAUCUGCAGAGGACAUUGAGGAGUUAUAUUCUAACAGAUUGAUUCCAGAAAACAAGAGACGAUCGAAAGAACAGAUGCAAGCAAAGGAUUCCGGACAACCCAAAGUCGGUCCUGAAACGUCAAAAUCUCAAAUUGCCAUGGGACAUAUUUCUGAUGACUCCUUCGGCCUGGACGACUGGUUUGCUAAUACACAUAUCUAUCAGAAUUACAAAAGCGACGGGAAUAACAAACCACACGCUGGAGUGGAGGCAAAAACUGGCUCACGAGCUCCUUUAAGCCAAUACUUCGACACGACUAAUAAACCGUCAGAUCAAAGGGUCCCAGUGGAUGCAGAAAGAAGCAAUUAUGUUAAAGACAGCAGGAAUGGCACUCGCGACAAACGGGCUGCAUAUGACUCUCCACACAGCAACAUGUAUCCUGAGAACAGAGGAGUCAAACACCAUUCGUUGGCCACCGGAUAUCCUAGACUCGAUGAAAGAAACAAUUACAACGUUUAUCCCAAGAAUGGACGAGAUUAUCGAGAUAGACGCCCCAGUACCGACUCAGCGAACACACAUGGUAGUUAUGUUCAGGUAUACAAACCAGGGGUUGGCAGAUAUAAAGAUAUUCAUGACAGACGGAACCACCAGGAAAAUGGUUUCGAUGAUGGUCAACAUGUACGGCGGGGCGGAUUCUAUCCAGAGAGUCAUCAUAGACGCGUGGACUACGAUCGCAGUCCACAAGACGCACGCGAUUACCGUGACCAGUACGAGAGCGGACGUUACUUCACCAACAACGAGCCUUCCCGCUUGCCAAGGGGAAACAACUAUGAUGGCCGAGGUAGACACCAUGCUUCUGCCCAUGUGUAUUCCAAUGUCAGUGCCGGUUUUAAACGUGACAAUUACGACAGACACAAUCCGCAGAACGUUGCAUAUCAUGGAGACGAUCACCAUUUUGACAACAGUUUUAUUAACCCAUACAACUGGUAAAAGAGUUUUCUUUUUGUUAUUGUUCCAUCAUGUACUUCCUAACUGACUCGAAACGCAUUGUGAAAAACAUGCAUGUGAAACAAAAUGGCAUGGAAAUUAAUAGCCUAGAAAAGGUUAGAUAAUUAAGAUACACCAACGAUAAACCAAAGGACACGAUGUUUAGGGAGCAUGUAUAUGAUAACCAGAAAUAUGGAAGCUGCUUUAAUUCUUCUAAUUUUGGGGGGUCUGCUCCCUUUAACCAGCAUACAUAUAACAGUAACAGUAAUUCACAGUUUCUCUUCUCUCAGUUGGUUACACCGUCUGAUGAACAACGUACAGUUAUCGUUACAUUUUCUGGGAGAAAAAUCUUCCCUAAAAUUAGAAGAAUUUCAGCGUUUUAAUUGCGAAUGUUUUAUUUUCGCCUUGAAUGAGUUCUUAAAUGUGCUUUUGCAUGUAGUAUUUAUAAC